AUGACAGAACAUAUUGAUAGUAAUCGAUUAAGUCAAGAUCUUCGUUAUCGUUUUGAAUAUAUCUCAAAAUUUAUUAAUUUUACACAUGAUGAUAUAACAGCAUUAAAUACAUCAGCAACAAUAAUUCUUCCACUUAUACCUGUUAUUGUUGAUGGUGUUUAUAGAAAAUUA